UUGCCAAAAUUCAAAAUGCCAUCACUGAACAUUAAAGGUCCAAAAGUGGAGGGUCCAGAUAUUGAUGUAGACCUUCCCAAAGGCAAGAUUGAUGUAGACAUAAAAACUCCCAAGGUCGAUAUAGAAGGACCAGAAGUUGACAUGGAGGGCCACAAAGGAGGAAUUAAAAUGCCUAAAUUCAAAAUUCCUUCCUUUGGAUUAAAAGGUCCAAAACUGGAGGGUCCAGAAGUUGAUGUCAGCCUCCCGAAAGCUGAUAUUGAUAUUAAAGCCCCUGAAUUGGAUAUCCAGGGACCAGAUGUUGACAUUGAGAGCCCAAGUGGUAAAUUAAAAGGACCCAAAUUCAGCAUGCCAAACAUUUCAGGACCAAAACUUUCCAUGCCAGAUGUGGAUUUCAAACUGAAAGGUCCCAAACUGAAAGGUGAUGUGGAUGUGUCAGUACCCAAGAUAGAGGGAGACAUAAAAGCACCUGAUGUCGACAUCAAAGGUCCACAGGUUGACAUCGAAGGUCCAAAAGGUGGAUUUGAAUUGCCAAAAUUCAAAAUGCCAUCACUGAACAUUAAAGGUCCAAAAGUGGAGGGUCCAGAUAUUGAUGUAGACCUUCCAAAAGGCAAGAUUGAUGUAGACAUAAAAACUCCCAAGGUCGAUAUAGAAGGACCAGAAGUUGAUAUGGAGGGCCACAAAGGAGGAAUCAAAAUGCCUAAAUUCAAAAUUCCUUCCUUUGGGUUAAAAGGUCCAAAACUGGAGGGUCCAGAACUUGAUGUCAGUCUCCCAAAAGCUGAUAUUGAUAUUAAAGCCCCUGAAUUGGAUAUCCAGGGACCAGAUGUUGACAUUGAGAGCCCAAGUGGUAAAUUCAAAGGACCCAAAUUCAGCAUGCCAAGCAUUUCAGGACCAAAACUUUCCAUGCCAGAUGUGGAUUUCAAAUUGAAAGGUCCCAAACUGAAAGGUGAUGUGGAUGUGUCAGUGCCAAAGAUAGAGGGAGACAUAAAAGCACCUGAUGUCGACAUCAAAGGUCCACAGGUUGACAUCGAAGGUCCAAAAGGUGGAUUUGAAUUGCCAAGAUUUAAAAUGCCAUCACUGAACAUUAAAGGUCCAAAAGUGGAGGGUCCAGAUAUUGAUGUAGACCUUCCAAAAGGCAGCAUUGAUGUUGAAAUUCCUGAUGUAGACAUGACGUCUCCUGAGAUCAAUAUUGAAGGACCAGAUCUUGACAUAGAGAGUACAAGUGGUAAAAUUAAAGGUCCUAAAUUUAAACUGCCAUCUCUAUCUGGACCAAAGUUACCGGACUUUGAUAUGAGUCUCAAAGCGCCCAAAAUAAAGGGAGAUGUUGAUGUGUCUGUUCCAAAGUUUGAGGGUGACAUAAAAGCUCCCACAGUUGAUAUUGAAGGACCAGAUGUUGAUAUUAAGGGUCACAAAGGAGGAUUUAAAAUGCCUAAAUUCCACAUGCCAUCCUUUGAAAUGAAAGGUUCAAAUGUUGAGGGGCCAGAUGUUGAUGUAAACCUCCCAAAGGCUGAUAUUGAUGUUAAAGCCCCAGAACUGGAUAUGAAAGGACCAGAUUUUAACAUCAAGAGUCCAAGUGGUAAAAUCAAAGGACCCAAAUUCAGCAUGCCAAGCAUUUCAGGACCAAAACUUUCCAUGCCUGAUGUGGGUUUAAAUCUGAAAGGUCCUAAACUGAAAGGUGAUGUGGAUAUGUCAGUUCCAAAGUUAAAGGGAGACAUAAAAACACCUGAGUUUGACAUCAAAGGUCCACAGGUUAACCUCGAAGGCCCAAAAGGUGGACUUGAAAUGCCAAAAAUCAAUAUGCCAUCGUUUGAGAUCAAAGGUCCCACACUGGAGGGUCCAGAUGUGGAUGUAAAUCUUCCUAAAGCUAACUUUGAUGUGAAAAUGCCUAAAGUAGAACUUAAAACUCCAGAGACUGACAUUAAAGGCCCUGAUGGAAAAUUUAAAGGGCCUAAAUUCACUAAGCCAAGCAUAUCAGGACCCAAAUUUUCAAUGCCAGAUGUGGACAUUGAAGGGCCAGAUGUUGACAUCAAGGGUCCUAAAGGAGGAUUUAAAAUGCCUAAAUUCCACCUGCCAUCCUUUGGAUUCAAAGGUCCAAAAGUGGAGGGUCCAGAAGUUGAUGUCAGUCUUCCAAAAGCUGAUAUUGAUAUCAAAGCACCUGAUAUAGAUAUCAAAGCACCAGAUGUUGACAUUGAGAGUCCAAGUGGUAAAUUAAAAGGACCCAAAUUCAACAUGCCAAGCAUUUCAGGACCAAAACUUUCCAUGCCAGAUGUGGAUUUCAAACUGAAAGGUCCCAAACUGAAAGGUGAUGUGGAUGUGUCAGUGCCAAAGAUAGAGGGA